AUGCUUGUGGGCUUAUUGCUCCCUCUUCUAUUGCUGCCCCUGGUGCUUUCAGACCCACAGAUCGAUGAUGGCUGUGACGACUAUCACGAUAAUAUUUUUGACGCACUUCUCCGAACGGUUGAAAUCAGUCGGUUUGGUCGCGAUAUUCUAGACAAGUAUCUACGGGGCUCGAACGAUUGUUAUAUGAAAAACCUCGUGGGAGACAUCUUUGAUGAGAUGAUCGGCAUAGAUGUUACGAAAGAUCGGGCAUAUGUCAGCAAAAUGCGCGACAGAUUUCACAAUGUUUCAGAAGCUCCUAUGAUCAGUGACUUUUCUAUGUACUGUGAUGAAGACUGGGCAAACAAGACCCAUCAUGGCAGAAGUUAUAGCGGGGAGACUAGGAAAGGAUUCAACGUCUGGUGGAGCUAUUUACAUGACUCCUGGGUUGAAACACCUUUGGAUCCAUGGAGUGUGAGAAAUGGCGCCCACGCCUUCCUUACUAGUUUUCCUGCCCCGCCAGAAGAGGUUAUGGUGCUGGUGCCGCAACGUGCGCUCACGAACGACGUCCUUGAUCCUCGAAAACAGCCGAAAAAACUGGUAUAUGAUACGCCACCGCGAGCAAAGGUCCAUUUGAAUGAGCUGGUGUAUACAUUCUUUGGCGUGAUUUUUCAUGAGGUCACUCAUCUCAAAGCUGCAGGAAGUUCAGUAGAUAUAAAAAUUAACGUUGAUGGAAAGGAUGAGGCAGCCCUCUCAUAUAAAGAAGUCACAGAAGUACCAAAGAGUGGUGAGGGGGAGGGAACAAAUUCACCUCAAAUGAGGGCUUCUGAAAAUGCCCAGACUAUAACUUUUAUCGCACAAAUCCUCUAUUACUGUCUUGCUGGGGGAUGGGACUUUGACAAAGACAAGGGGACUUUGACAGCGCCAAUGAGACCUCGUCCAUACCCAAUGCCACUGCACUUCCAAAACCUCGGCCCACCAGAGGUCCCAGCUAAGCCGGACUAUUUGAAAGGCUAUAAGUUGACAAAUUAA